GCUCGCUCGCGUGCGUCACCCCCCCUCCCGCCACCUCCUCCAGCGCCGCGCGCUGGCUGCGUUUCCAGCCCAUUCAGUUCAUUCAACCGCCGCCUCGAGCGCCCGGUGGCUGGUCCUCGCCCUCGCCAAAGCCUCUCUCGCUCUCCUGCCUCCAUCCCACGGAGGGCGGACAGUCAAGCCUUAAAUAAUGAAUUACGUGGGGCAGCUUGCAGGCCAAGUUCUGGUGACUGUUAAGGAACUAUACAAAGGAAUCAAUCAGGCGACGCUCUCAGGAUGCAUUGAUGUAAUUGUAGUUCGGCAACAAGAUGGCACAUACCUUUGCUCCCCAUUCCAUGUCCGAUUUGGAAAGCUUGGUGUCUUACGUUCGAAGGAGAAAGUUAUUGAUAUUGAAAUUAACGGAGAAGCAGUUGAUCUUCAUAUGAAACUGGGUGAUAAUGGAGAAGCUUUCUUUGUGCAAGAAACAGAAGAAAAAUUUGAAAGAGUUCCUGCACAUCUUGCAACAUCCCCAAUACCUACAGAAGACCAGUUCUUCAGAGAAACUGAUGAUCACUUGCUGAAAUCGGGUGACAAUGAACGGAUGUGUCUGAGCUCAGAAAUACUACAGAUUGUGGAAGCAGAGCCUUUUUUCCCCUCUGGGUCAGUGAAGAAGAAAAAGCGAAGGAAAAGAAAAUGUAAACAAGAUGCCAAGAAGGAAGAUCAGAUCUCUGCUCCUGGAACUGAAGAAGGCUUUGAAAUGGAAAUUAGCUCAGAUGAUGAGAGAAGUAUUUUGCCUCUGAGGAACCCAUCAGAUUCUCCACCAAAGGAUGAAGAGUAUAAGGAAUCAUUGAUUUACCACGCCAAGGACCAUUACCCUUUAUCAGAUGGAGACUGGUCUCCUUUGGAGAACCCAUUUAGCCAGCCAACUUGUCCUAAAAGUGAUUCAGAACUUGAAGUUAAGCCUACGGAGAGCUUACUCCGAGCAGAGUCUCACAUUGAAUGGACGUGGGGAGGGUUCCCAGAAUCUACCAAGAUAAGCAAGAAGGAAAAAUUGGAACAUCCCAGAACAGUUACAAUCACUCCAUCAGAGAAGACACAUUUCAGGGUAAUAUCCAGCAGUGAUGCAGCUGAAGAUGGAAUUUUGGUGAAUGAUUCUGUUUGUACAGUAGUAAAACCUGAACCAAGAACACACCAUCUACUUAAGGAGCUAGAUAUUAAAGAGAGACUUGCUUCUACAGCCACAGAACCAAUUUUGGACAUUCUUCAAGGUUCAUUGGCAUUAGAUUCUGAUACUCUUCCCAGUCCAUUGAUAGAUUCUCCGACAGAAACUAAACCACCAGCAAAACUUGAUUCCCCAUCAAAGAAAAAAGGGAUACAUAAGAGAAGUCAUCACCAAGGGCCUGAUGACAUAUAUUUGGAUGACCUGACAGCUUUGGAACCUGAAGUUGCUGCUCUUUAUUUUCCCAAAAGUGACUCUGAUCCAGGUACCAGACAAUGGCUGGAGUCUGACACGCUGUCGGGUUCUCAGUCUCCACAAUCGGUGGGAAGUGCUGCUGCAGAUAGUGGUACAGAGUGUAUGUCUGAUUCUGCAAUGGACUUGCCUGAUGUCACAUUAUCCCUUUGUGGAGGUCUUAGUGAAAAUGGGGAGAUAUCAAAAGAAAAAUUCAUGGAGCAUAUCAUUACUUACCAUGAAUUUGCUGAAAACCCAGGACUCAUAGACAAUCCUAAUUUGGUUAUAAGAAUAUACAACAGGUAUUAUAAUUGGGCAUUGGCUGCUCCCAUGAUUCUCAGCUUGCAGGUGUUCCAUAAGAGCUUGCCACAGGCUACAGUUGAAUCCUGGAUUAAGGAUAAAAUGCCAAAGAAGUCUGGAAGAUGGUGGUUCUGGCGUAAGAAGGACAGCUUGGUUAAACAGCUUCCAGAAGCUAAGGAGGGAAAAUCUGAAGCUCCAAAAGGUGACCUAUCAACAGCCACAAAGGAACAAGUUGAAAGUCGGCCUACAGGUGAUGAAUCUUCAACGGAUGAUGAAGGAUCCCAGGAACUAAAAGAAACCUUAAAAAUAGAUUCCGCUUCACUUCCAAGCCAUGGGAAUGCUACAUCUUACAAAAAGUCACUUAGAUUGUCUUCAGAUCAAAUUGAAAAACUGAAGCUAAGAGAUGGCCCCAAUGAUGUUGUGUUCAGCAUUACAACCCAGUAUCAAGGAACUUGCCGUUGUGCGGGGACAAUAUAUCUGUGGAACUGGAAUGACAAAAUAAUUAUUUCAGAUAUUGAUGGAACAAUAACCAAGUCUGAUGCUUUAGGCCAGAUCCUACCACAGCUUGGCAAAGACUGGACACAUCAGGGUAUUGCAAAGCUCUAUCAUUCCAUUAAUGAGAAUGGCUACAAGUUUCUGUACUGCUCUGCUCGUGCCAUUGGAAUGGCAGACAUGACAAGAGGGUACUUGCACUGGGUUAAUGACAAAGGAACGAUCUUGCCCAGGGGUCCCUUGAUGUUGUCUCCUAGCAGUUUGUUCUCUGCUUUUCAUAGGGAAGUGAUAGAAAAGAAACCAGAGAAAUUCAAAAUUGAGUGUUUAAAUGAUAUCAAGAACUUAUUUUCUCCAUGUGAACAACCCUUCUAUGCUGCUUUUGGAAACAGACCUAAUGAUGUGUAUGCUUACAUGCAAGUUGGAGUUCCAGACUGCAGAAUAUUCACAGUCAACCCAAAGGGUGAACUAAUCCAGGAACAAACAAAGGGAAACAAAUCUUCGUAUUACAGGCUGAGUGAACUAGUAGAACAUGUGUUUCCACUUCUUAAUAAAGAACAGAGCUCUGCUUUUGUAUGCCCAGAAUUCAGCUCCUUCUGCUAUUGGAGAGAACAGCUUCCUGAAGUGAACAUAGAAGACUUAGCUUGAACAGCACUGAUCGCAGAGAACCUCCUUCCGCAGAGGCUCCUUUAUCCUUUGGUACCAUGUGUCUUAUUAAAUACAGGAAGCGCCAAAGGUUUGGCAUAAGCAAAUGAAAUGCAAGGCUGAUCUCUCUUUGUUCUUUUAAGAUGUCCUUACUGUUUGAUUUAAGGCAUUAGAAAGAUAGCAAUCCUUUGAAAUAGCAGACCAUCCAGAGGAUAGAGGACAUAAAAUGAAAAUUUAGUUGCAGAUUUGCAUCUUCAUAUAUACAAACCACAGUGGAUGUGUGUGAUGUUAUGUAUGUUAGCCUCCUUGAUAUAUCAUCUUAAAGGAAAAGAGAAAAAAGUAUGUAAAAUUGAUAGCAGAGAUUUAAUAGGCCCACUAUAGGAAUUAUAUUUAGUACUUAAACCAGCACUUAGGCUGUUUGAGAUACAAUGUCUCUCUCAUUAUUAAUUUCUUUAAAAAUAUCUUAAGGAUUCAUGAGUUCGUGUGUAGUGGUCAUUCUGUUUUGCUACACCGUUAAAGAACUGAGGAUUGUAGUGGAAAUGGUACUUCUAUUACCCACUCAUGGUUGUGUUGCCUUU